AUGCAUUUCAUCAAGCUUGCCGCCGGCACUUGCAUCAUCGCAGCCACCAGCUCUGCUGCUCAACUCAGCCUCGGCCAGACCCAGUCUUACGAGCAAGUCUCCAACAUGACCGUGAGUGCCAUCGUCAAUGACUUCCGUUACAACGGCGAUGUCACCGUCCUCCGUGGCCUCAUCGACAUUGCCUUUGCUGCGUUGCAAUCCGAGGCUGCUAUGGUUGCAUCUUGCCUCCAGUCCAGCAGCACUUCUUCUGGUCCGGCCAGCCCACCUGCUACACCACCUCCAUCUUCCAUGUCCAUUCUCAAUCCAGUCAUGCCCAACCCACCACCACUCAGUGUCCCAGUGCCUGUACCAGCAGGUCCUCCAGCACCACCACCUCCUCCGGCUAGUCAGCCCGCUGCACAAUCUGCCAGUGCACCUGCCAGUGCACCUACCAAUGCUGCUCCAUCUGCCGGUCCAGCCGUCAGUGCUGCUCCACCGGCUCCUCCAGCACCACCCGCACCUCCUGCUGGCAACGCGCCAUCACCUUCAUUGCCAUCCAUUGGAAGCAAUGCACAACCUUCAAGUGCGUUGACCAGCCAAGGCAGCUCUGGCUUCUUGACCUCGACCAUCCCCAGCUCGCAGUCGAAUGUCAACGGAUCCUUGUCUCUCGGUCUACCCAUCAGCAGCUCCAACAUCUCUGGUCCUCUCCAUGGCGUUGGUCCUCUCAGUCCUCUCACCUCAGGAGGAAACAACCCUCUUGGUGGUGUCGUGUCAGGUGUCAACAGUGUUGCCGGUGGUGCACUCUCCGGUGUUGGCGGACUCGUUUCUGGCGUCGGCGGUGCCGUGACCGGUGCUCUCGGUGGCGUUGCCGGUGGUCUUCCCACUCCACUGGGCGGCGUCGUCUCAGGUGUCAACAGCGUUGCGGGUGGUGCUCUCUCUGGUGUUGGUGGUCUUGUUUCAGGUGUCGGCAGCCUCGCUGGCGGUGCUCUCUCUGGUAUUGGAGGUGUCGUGUCCAAUGUUGGUGCUCCAGGGGCUCUUCCAACUGCUGUCGGCGGAGCUGUGUCGAAUGUCGGCGCAGGCGUCGGCGGUGUACUCACUGGCGUCGCAGGCGUUGCCACUGGUGUUGUAGGUGGCGUAGCUUCAGUUCUUCCUACACCCCUUGGCGGCGUUGUCUCUAGUGUCGGUAAUGCAGCUGGCGGCGUUGUUUCUGGAGCUGGAGCAGUCGUCUCAGGUGUUGCCGGCGGUCUUGGAUCAGCUGUGGGUGGUCUUCUCGGUGGUCUUCUUGGAGGCGGAGCCUUGCCAUCGUCCAUCGCCGGUACACCUAGCCCAGUCUCUGGCGUCCUUGUCAGCGCUACCAAUGGAGCCGUCGCCACUUGCACAGAUCUCAUCUGCCUUCAGACAUCACUUCCAGGACUCUUGGGCUUGAACCUCGCUGCAAUCCCAACCUCAGGCUCAGGUGGUUCUCUACUCAACGUCGGUGUCAAGAUCCUCGGAGGGGGCAAUGCACCUGCUGCCGCACCAGCUGUCACUACAAACAUCAACGCCAUUAUUUCUGCCGCCAGUCAGGUCUCUUCAGUCGUCGGCGCCAGCCAAUGCAGCAACCUCAUCUGUCUUCAGGCUUCUCUCCCUGGUGUCAUCAGUCUGAGCGCUGGAGCCAUACCAACAUCCGGUGCCAACCUCGGCAACCUUCUUGGCGUUGGUCUCAAUCUCUUCGGUAGCGGCCAAGCACCUACUAUGGCCACUGUCUCUGCAGGUACAGGCUCAGCACUCGUCGCCGCUGUCACUACUUCGGUUUCAAUUACUCCUACAUCAGUGGCUGGCCAACCUGCACCAACCGGAUCAUGGAUUCCUGUCACCUCAUGGAUGUACGUUGCUCCCGCUGGCUUGGGUAGUUUGCUCUGA